AUGGAGCCCGAGGAAUCCGAUCAUGAGGGACAGGAUGUGCCAAGCGCGCUGGUCCGACGUGCGUGUGAUCAAUGCCGUCUGCGAAAGAUCCGAUGCGAUAAGCGCACGCCAUGUUCCAACUGUCGCAGCUCCAGCAUUGUAUGCCGAUCUACUGGCAGAGGCCAGAAGCCACCAGAGCCCCGACGGCGGGUUUUAAUCUCAAAUCAAUAUGAGAAAAAGAUUGAUUUGAUCGAGGAACGCCUGGCAAGCAUUGAAAGUACUCUUCAACAGCUAGCAAAAAAUACAUCUCAACUACAAGGCUCCACAGGGCUAAACUCGCGCGAGUCUCAUUUCGCACCUUCGCCUCAGAAGUCAACCCCUUCGCAGCCGUCAUUCGCUACAUCGAACCCGGCAAAGCCUAAGGGUCCUCUGUAUCUAGCGAAUCCUACUAUCGAGCAGCAUGACCACAGCUCUGGGUUUGAGGGCAGCUCAUCGCUGACUGCCCAUGGGGCCUACGCUAGCGCGUUUCUUGAAUCUGCCGUGUCCAAAAGCUCGCCGCAGGUUUUGUCCAGUCCGAAGAUCAGCGCGGCUCUCUCGUCGCUGAAGCAGCUUGUUGGAAUCCAAAACCAACGGCGAGAAGCAGACUCGCAGGGGAGUCAACUUCCUACUAAGAAUGCGAGGUUAGGUGUGAAACGCGACAUCCGUGAUCUGGAGAUGCCGCCUCUACCAUUGGUUCUAGACAUAUUGAGAAAAGUUCAAGAAACACCACCGGCCUUCUUUGGUGGCUAUGUCCCCUUUCUCAGUGUGAAAUAUUUCACUGAAAAAUGCCGUGAAGUCUACUUCUGCAUAGACGAUUACUCCGAUGCGGCAUUUGUUGUAACCAACUUUUGUUUGUACAGCGCUCUCUACGAAUAUGGCGGCAUGGAGAGAGACGCCAGUUCGCGAGAGGAGCACCGGCACUGCAUUGAGAUGUGUCGCGACAACCUAGAGACAGCGCUUGCCAAUUUGAACAUCCUGAUGCCUGCAAGCCAUGAGUCGAUCAUGGCGUUGGCCCUAGGCGCUAUGCAUGCACUCGAGAUUUCUAAGCCAUCAGUUGCCUGGACGCUAGCAUCAACGGCCAUGAAUCUGUGCCAGACACUGGGAUAUCAUCGCAUUACUUCAAUGGAGCACGAUCCCAUAUCAGUCCAACGCCAAAAGCAACAUCUAUUCUGGUCGGUCUACACAAUUUUGAAUAUGAUGUCCCUGCGUCUAGGACGUGCGUCGUCCAUUCAGAACUACGACAUCAGCCUACCGCCGCUCGAUGAGAGCGCAGAUGUUCCUUAUCCAUGGGGGCCUGUCUGUAUAUGGUGGACUAGGUCGGCAAUCAUCCAAAGUGAGGUUUACCAAUAUUUGUACAGCCCAGAGGCGCUGCAGAAACCAGAAAGUGAACGAGUCACACAUGCACAUAGAUUAGCCGCUGAGAUGCAGUCGAAGGUCAUGGAGCCGUUUGAGAAAUUCAUGGCCUCCGAUCUUAAAAUAUCCGAGAUCGACCUCAUGUACCUUGCAACUGACAAAGUAAGUCGGCUGGCUAUCAUGACUUUGAUCUACCGAGCAAUUCCAGCAUCCACAGAUCCGGGGUCUGUUGCCACCUUCAUACCGGAAUGCAUCGAGACAGCCCGGGAAGCCCUGGAAAUCCACCGACAGUGCGUUGCAGCGCUCAACGAAACAGACGAUUUCAUGAAAAUCUCCUACAUGCACUGGGGCAUCCUCCUAUCCCCCUUCGUCCCCUUCAUCGUGAUAUUCUGCAACAUAAUAACAAAGUCCAACGGCGACGACCUCGCCCGACUCGAAGAGUUCAUCGCCUCCCUCCAACCGCUAAGCACCUUCUCUCAAUCCGUCGACCGAUUACACACCCUAUGCUCAGUGCUCGGCACCGUCGCCCGCCUUUACUACGAAGCUAACACACGGACCCAGACAGCGGCAGACCAAGACCAGGAUCUCAUUGAGGUCGGUCAGGAAUUCGAUGUGUACCUCAGUGCUCUCGGACUAGCGCCUACAAACCCUAUGAAUCCCCCAAACAGUGGUGCCUUCCAGAUGGGAAACUCUCAGGGAUAUUUCCAGACAGAUAAUCCCGGUAUGCAUGUCAGCUCGGCGGAUAUAUCCGAGCAGAACGGGGGUGGUUUCUCGGCGCUCGAUCCAUCUCAAGUGCAGGGACAGGAUUCGGGGACUGCUGCGCAAUUGGGGAAUUGGUUCUGGGGGAAUCAGUACAUGAUGGGGCUUUUGGAGGAGGAUUUGUCGCAGUUUAAUCCGGGGUGA